GGAAAACGACGGCUUCUAUAGUGUCAGUUUUCGACGCUGCUUUUUACGCAACUAGUGCAUCGUUCGCGCGCGUUAUAUUGCCAAUCCGCAAAAUAGACUGCCGAUCGACGAAGAAUAUCCAGCAGCGGAAACGAAAGCAGGAACAAUGAAGGUUCUAGUAGCGCUGCUACUAAUAACCUUCUUGUGCGAAGCGCUGUCCUUGACUACUUCUACUGCAACGUCUGCUACACAGGCGUUUACGGUUCAAAAAGAUAAUAAUGUGGACGUAAGCACAGAAUCGUCGAAGAUCUCAUCAAAUUCUUCGGCGACGAAGGAGCCGUAUACUACUGGAAUUGCACCAGCAAGUGUACAAUCGAAUAAAACUUCUGUCGAUGAAAGGAUGCAAGAUGAAGUUGCACAAACGCUUAAAGCGGAAGCUAAAAGGAUCAGGCCGUCGGAACCGGUGACGACAACAAAGUUGCCAGCCACAAAAACCGAUUUUAUUACUACGACGAAGGACAGUACUACGAACAAAUUGAUCGAAGUUGAAGAUACACCUUACGAGGGCGAUUUGGGUGAAAACGAAGAAGACGAGGGUGACGAUGAAUAUGACGACGAGGACGAAGACGACGAAGAGAACGACGAUGAGCCUGAGGACGACGAACAAGUAAUGACGCAGUGUCCUGAUUACUGCAGAUGUGCUGGAGAAUAUGCAGCUGCAACGACUGCAACAUGCACCAAACUUGUGGAUGAGCAAUCCUUUGGCACUGGUAUCGUACAUUUGCGUAUAGAAAAUGCCGGGCAAAUUUAUCUCGGCCCUCACGCAUUUGCAUCGCGAGGUCUUCAACAAUUGGAAUCCAUUACAAUCACCGACACAAGAAUAGUCGAAUUGAAUCAAACGGCUUUCGACGAUAUACCAUAUUUAUUCUGCGUAAAUUUAACACGCAACGACCUCCAAGAGAUUCAUCCGAAUACUUUCCACAGUAACAAACAGCUAUCUCUGCUUGCCAUCUCUGGAAAUCCAUUGAAACAUACGCAAGAUGCUAAAUUAUCGAAACAUGGACUGUUCGAUGCUCCGUCGAUUACCGAGUUAGAUUUCUCGUAUAAUGGUCUAACCAAACUGAAACGCACAGCAUUUUCAAGGAUGCCAAGCCUUACUUACAUAAUUUUGAAAGGAAACAAAUUGAAAGAAAUUGAUAGCUCAGCUUUCAAUACAUUGGAAUCACUCAUGGAAGUAGAUUUUUCAAAUAAUUUGCUAAAUGAAAUUCCUGUUGAUCUAUUAUACAAUAGCGGAAUUCAAACAUUUAAAGUUGCUGGAAAUAAUUUGCAAACUCUGAGCACCAUAAAAAUGAAAAAAUUGAGAGUAUUAGAUGCAUCUAAUAACAAAAUCAAAAUAAUAGGAAAAGAUGACCUUAUGGAUGUUCCUUUAUUGGACCAAUUGAUAAUUAAUUCGAACGGUCUUAAAAGAAUUCAUCAACACGCUUUCGAUAAUCUCGAUCAACUUACUCAUCUCGAUGUUAGUAAUAACAAGUUAACUUCCUGGUCGGAACAUCAUCUGAGAACUAAUUCAAGGUUACAAGAAUUAUUGAUGAGCGACAACCCUGAAUUAAAGACCUUACCAGUCUUCAAGACUGUUGGUUUUGAGUACAAUUCUUACAGCGUAUCCCGAUUUGACUGUGCAAAUUGCGGCUUGUACUUCCUUGAAGAAACAACCUUUAAUGCUAUGCCGGCAAUAACACGUUUGAAUCUGUCCAGAAAUCGUUUAACUGGCUUGCCAAACGGUCUUUUAAGUCGUCUUUUAUCUUUGAGAAUUCUUGAUCUAUCCGAUAAUAUUAUCAAAUCUUUGGAUAACAAUAUGUUCCGCGGUGCUAUUAGUUUGACUAAAAUCAGCCUUGCGGGUAAUCCUUUGGUUACGUUACAAGUGACACCAUUCCUGGUAGCUCCAGGUCUUACUAAACUCGACGUGAGCAGAUGCGCUUUGGAGAGAGUUUGGAGCGAAGCUAGAGUUCCACUGACUAGUUUACGGUCCCUGUCAGUUCGCGAAAACCUUCUACGUCGAAUUACCGUGGAAGAAUUAAAAGCAACACCGAAGAUCGUUAGCUUAGAUUUAGCGCAUAAUCCUCUUGAUUGUGACGUCGAAUUUAAUGAGGCUGUACAAUGGCUUACCGAUCAUGGUGUAACACCAGUCGAAACGUCAAGAUAUAUUAGUAAUUAUGGUAACGAUGAUAAUUACCAAGAUUCUGAAGGUAUCAGUCAAUGGACCGAUUUAGCGAAGAUAGUCUGCGAUGGUAUUAAUGACGGUCCACCAGAAAGACCAGUGCCACGUAAGGAAAAGAAAGUGAAGAUCAUCGUUGAAGGACUUGAUACGGCAGAAUACUCUGAUACAUUAUUAAGGAACAAUUUUGAAAAUGAUGAUGAUUUAGUUAAAAUGCACGUUGAUCAUGGAUUAAAAUCGAACGAAGAAGUUGAAAAAGCAUGGACCACUCAAGAUCAAGAAUAUGAAGAUUUCGUUCCCGCAGAAGAUACAGAAUAUCGUCCUUGGUAUUCUACUACCGAUGUUUGGGCUAUAGCCACCAUAAUCAUUACAACGUUGUUAAUGGUGCUGUUAACAGUGCAUGUUGCAAUUUAUUUGGCGAAACGACGAGGUCAUGGCCCCGUUAUUAGACCACCGAUGAUCCUUCGACAAGGUUUGAUAGAUAACAAAAAUUGCGGUUUAGUUUACAAACCUCUGCAAGAAGAAAUCACUACACCGCACGUACCGAAAAGAGGAAGCUUUUAUUCCAGUAGUACAUUCCACUACGACAAGAUCGUACCAGAAAGUGUUUAAAAUUUAUUAUAAAUGCAACUAAUUAUUUGACAGCCUAUGUAAUUCAGUCUUGACAAUAUUUUAAGAGAGAUACAAAAAUUUAUAAAGAAAUAGAACGUAUUUUAUGCAAAAAAUCGAUGGAGUUUAUAGGCUUUUUAUAAUGGUAUGGAAGUAAGAAAUAUUUAAACACAAGUAGUAAGUAUAAUGACCAACAAAUACAUUUAAGUGUAGCUGAUGGAAAAAAUAAUUAAAGUAUCAUGAGAGCACAUUUUUUGGAGUGCUUUGUAUAUUUUUUUACCUUUAGGGUUAAAACAAUAUUUGAUAAUAUUUUGAGGGUGAUUAUUUUCUUCUAUCAGUUUUGCUUGAAAAUUGAAAUAAAUCAAUAAUUAAUUUUAUCUGUACAUGUAAUUAAUAUUACAUAAGUACAAUAUGUUUAAUACUUAUAGAUAUUAAUAAUAUCUAGUAUUCUGUAUUAAUUGUAGCAGGAAUGUAGUAUUGGAUCAUAAAUAAAAUAUUAUUUACAAGGA